CUACAUCUAUUAAAAAUUAGAAACUUUUCACAUCCAUUAUACUACGACAAAUAUGCCUAAGAUAGAUAUUAUCAAACAUGGUUGGAGUCAUACGGUAAUAAACAAACCAUAUGGUAUAUCAAGUUUUGGAAAAGAAGCAGGAGGUGCUUUCGAUCAGCUAGUACUUGAAGGUAAAUUGAAUCCAGAAGAUAUACCCAAAUUUAGGUUUGUUACUAACUUGGGAAGGAAACAAACAGGAGGAGUCAUUGGAACAGCAUUUCAGACAUUCGCCUUCAAGCACCACAGUGCAGCAAGGCGGCGAGGGAUGUUUUAUGAAAAAAUAGACGAUUGUCAAUUCUCUUUCAGAGCACAAUAUGUUGGAUUAUUCGCCUUACCAGACACUGUCGAUAUUAACAAUUAUUUCGAACUGAUAAGACUGCGUUAUUUUAAAAUAAAUACAAUAACCAUGCAAGGUUUCAUUGAUUCAGAUGUUACAAUGGUUGAACAGGAAGGAUCUGUUAAACUUAUUAAGACUCGUCCUGCCGAAACUUCUUUCACUAUUUUGGAAGGGAAAAGGCCAAGCACCGAUCUAAUUGACAAAUAUCCAAAAUUAUUUAAAUCAAAAAUUAUAUAUCCAAUAAUAAUGAGGCCAGUAAGACGGAAUUUUGAUAAUCAGAUUAUGAGUCAUUUUAACGAUAAUUUUGGCAUUCCAUUUCUUAAUGAUAUAAAUUAUAAAGCAGAUAAAGGUCAUGAACUAACUUUUGGAAGAGGAAACUUUCAUUUGGAACCUUCAAUUUUUAAAUCUGAUCAAAUCGCUCUUCAUUGUGCACAUAUUCAUAUCGGUCAAAGAAAACUAAAAGAAAAUUUUAUGUUCCCUAUAUAUAAUAAAGAAGACAGAGAAUUAUGGACGGGGUUUUUGCAAGAGGAUGGAUAUUUUAUAGAUGAAAUACAGUAUAAUUUGGUAAAUUAUGCCAAACGAUUCCAAAGAAAAGCAGAUUAUCCAUUCCCUAUAUUCAAGGCUUUGGGUAUUACUAAAAUUCAUAAGUAGUAUAAUUAAAUCUUUGAAAUGAUUUGAUGGAUCAUAAGAAAUUACUUACUGUAUAUAUAAAUAAAUAUAAUCAUCAUGUAUUGAUGAAUUUA